AAAAAGGGGGCCUUUACACUGAUAAGGUAAGCCACCAACAUCUAUCCAUCCGUAGAGAUGCAUAGAACUGAAAUCUAUUUUCUCUCUUGAAAAAAAUGAUGAUUAAUUUCAAUAAUUAUACUUAUGACAUGACCAAUCAGCUCUUUCGACGUUCAGAAGUGAAGGAAAUGUCUGUUUUUCUAGCGAGAUGGACACCCAUGGCUUCAAUACCACCUGAAAAAGCUUCAAAACCCGUGAAUGGCUAUAAACUGCGAUCCAGGUCUCAUGUUCUGUUACCUUCUCAAGAAACAUCAUCUCACCGGCGACAUGUUUUAUUAUUUAUCAGUGUCUCAUUAGUUCCCAAUUUAACCUUCAACUUCCUCCCGUUACGUUUAUUUGCUUGGGCCGGAGAGAAGGCAAAGGGCCAAGACGACAAGGAUGAGGGUGUUAUUGGGGCGGUAAAAUCAUUGUUUGACCCCAAUGAGAAGACAAAGUCAGGAAAAGUGUUGCCAAAAGCUUACUUGAAAUCAGCAAGAGAGCUGGUGAGGACAUUGCGGGACUCACUGAAGGAAGACCCCAAGGACUUGGCUAAGUUUAGACGGACUGCGGAUGCAGCAAAGGAAUCAAUCCGGGAAUAUCUAAAUGGUUGGAGGGGACAAAAUACAGUAGUCAAGGAGGAGUCAUAUGUUGUGCUUGAGAAAGCAAUCAGAUCACUGGCCAGCUUCUACUCAAAGGCAGGUCCAUCUGCACCACUUCCGGAGGAGGUGAAAUCGGAAAUUCUAAGCAAUUUAAAAACAGCAGAAGAUUUCUUGUAACUAGAGACCCUUGUUGUAAUGAGAGUGUCAAACGCGUGAAGUUAGUGCAAUGGAAUUGCAGAUGGGAAAGUUAGCAUGCUAGUAUUUCCUGUAUCUGUCUUUUCUGAGUUAAA